CUCAACCUAUGCUCCAGAAUCACAGAAGGAUUUGGGACCUCCAGGUGUCCCAGGAAGCUUAUGGCUCAGUAUGGCAUCUCCUGCCCAAGCAGAACUGGAGCAGAACAUCCGGAAACAUCUCACUUCCUCGUCAGAGCCCAUUCUGGACAUCAAGACUGAAGCAGCCGCGGUGCUUCUAGUGGAUGGGGCCCCAAUGAGUACUACUGAAAUCACCCCACUGGCCGCCAUGGAGUGCUCCCCGACAGCCACCAUUGAGGAAAUCCCCAUAGUUCCCUUGGAAGUGCCCCCACUGGAGACCCCCAAUGUACCCCUAGAGCCAGAAGCCAAUAAGGAGGAGCCUCUCCUGGAGAAGGACUCAGAGUUCGGCCCCUCGACCGACGAUUUGGAUCUCCCUCCUCCGCCAGACAAGGGUCCCCCUUCGGAGGCCGGCUCCUUGGGGUCCCUUCCGUGGCCGGACGUCCCCGAGGAAUGCGGCCCUCAGCGGCCCACCACUCUGGACUUCUCCAAGCCUCUGAAGAGGUUGGAAGAGGUCAAACAGGCUGGGCAGAGGAGGAACAGCGACCAGGCCAGCAUAAAAGAGAAUGGGCUGGAGAGCUGUCCGGAGGCGCCGCCAGUUGAUGAGGAGAAGACGGCCAUGCAAUCCGAACUGGGCAAGUGCAUCGCCGACUUCCGGAGGAUCAAGAUCCCCAACUCCUUCCCCAACCGGAAGCGGCCCUGGCAGAAUGAACUGCUCAAGAAAUACCAGCUUUGAGGUAGGGAAUCCCACAGACGUUGCAGCUUCCAUGGCCACAAAGAAGGCCCUGUCCUUUGUGACACUUAGCUGACACCUUGAAAGUGUGGACCUUUCCUGCUGAGCUCAAGGGACAUAGGGAUCGAAUGGUUCACGGAAGGGACCGAGGGAGUCAUGGGUGUUGUUAUGGGUCGGGGCAAGUGGGGCAGAAGAAGAGUUGCUGGGAGGAAAUUUACACCAAGCCAAUUCAUCAUGGACUAACCUCCAAGGCUGGUUUCUGGUCUGAACAACCAAACCGAGAAGGUGUCCUGGUCACCUCUGAUAGUGAGGGCGAGUGGUUGGAGCUGCAGACCAACAGCUUUCAGCAGAAAGAUUCAAUGUUCCUUCUCAUGUGAAAUUUCACACAGAGCAAGCUCAAAGACACAGGUCUGCCAGGUUAGCUGAGAAACUACAAGCAACACCUGUGGCCUUAGCAUAAAAGACUCGAGUUUGCAGACUUGUUGCUGGAAGCAACGUCUUGCUGGAUGGUGUUACUGUGAACUUGUUGUGUGACUGGCUUUAUGAACCCUGGACUAGAACUGGACUUAAGUACUUUGGAAUAUGGUUUACAAUUAGUUACACUGUUACUUACUGGCUUGUUCGUCCUCAGAACAUGGACACUUACUUACUAGCACUGGGAAUGUGGAUUUAGGCAUUGAUUCAAGAACUCUCUGUGUACAACCUCUGGACUUGGAUAUUGAUUAACUGUGUUUGAGCAUGAAAGAGGCACAUCAUGACAGAAAGGCAUGGUUAGACCUUUUCACAUUGGGAUAUCCUCCACUUAAAUCAGUAUUCAUCCUGUAUUUUUUUUUAGGACUGGAUGCAUAAUGUAUUCAUACUCUCCCCAGCACACCCAUUUCUUAUGAUUGAUAGUAUUGCACUUUUACUCAUUGGACAAUGGAAGGCUGGCUCCUUCAAUCCAUCCAAAUGUUUCCCUACAUCACUUAUUUAAUUAUUUUUACCCCUAAUAUUAUGCAGUGAUUUAGCCUGGAAAUCUCAAGCUAUUGUUCUCGCGAGAUUUUAGCUGACAGGAUGCACACUGAUUUUUCAAUCCCACAUAAAAACAAUGCUUCAGCAAUGUAUAAAACUGUAGUCAAUCAAAAAACAUGAUUUGAAUCCUGUGUGCAAUUACUCAAUUUCUGCAAUGUUUUGAAUACGGAUUGCAACAGAUGACUGACGGAACGGGGCAAAUGUCAUGUGACAGAACCCAGUUGGAAUCACAUUCAAAGAGUCUCAGAAACUAAGUAUAUCCCAAUGUAAUAAGGUCCAUUAUCUUCUUACAUCCACUUGGCCACAGUAGGCACGGAGUCUGGCGGGCCGAAAGGCAUAUAUAGUUCAAGGGAUGCGGAACUUCUAUGCUGACUUUCAAAGGUGUCUUCUUCAGGCAAAGAGGGUUAAAAGAAAAGGUGGAAAUGCUGCCAAGUACCAAACCCAGCUCUUGCCUUGAGGUGGUCAUUAGUAAGAAUGGCUUGUGUUGACUAUCAAAGGGUGAUCCCAACACAGCUCUCUAUGGGGUGCAAAGUCUUUGGGAAAGAAGCAAUAAAAUUUGAACUCAAAGAACUCUCGUUGAGAACUCA